GGUGAUGUGGGUGACCUCGGCCUCCCCGGUGCGCCAGGACCCAAGGGCAGCAAGGGAGAAACGGGACCAGCAGGAGCCCCUGGAGAAAUGGGCUUAGCUGGCCUUCCCGGGCCCAUCGGACCCCGAGGGCAGCCAGGGCCCCCCGGCCCCCCGGGACCGCCAGGGCCGGGCUACGAGGCUGGAUUUGGGGAGGUCGGCACCCCUGGGCAGCCCGGCUUGCCGGGACCGAAGGGAGAUGCUGGCGUGCCCGGCGUGGACGGCCGCCCUGGCCUGGAGGGCUUCCCUGGACCGCAGGGACCCAAAGGCGACAGAGGCAGCCCCGGCGAGAAGGGUGAGCGAGGCCAAGACGGUGUGGGGCUGCCUGGCCCCCCCGGUCCCCCUGGUCCCCCCGGACAGGUUGUGGCUGUCUCGAGCGAAGAUAAGUCUUUGAUGGCUUUGCCUGGUCCAGAGGGCAGACAGGGUCACGCCGGCUUCCCGGGCCCGGUGGGACCAAAAGGUGAUCGGGGGUCCUCUGGUCCCCAGGGCUCCCCAGGUUUGAAGGGGGAGAAGGGGGAGCCCGGUGUCAUCAUCAGCCCCGAUGGGACCGUGGUCACUGCGAAGGUGAAAGGAGAAAAGGGACGUCCCGGCAUGAACGGGCUGAAGGGCGAGAAGGGUGACCCCACGGAUGUCAGUGGCGUGCUGGGCUUGCGGGGUCCCCCAGGACCCCCAGGUCCCCCAGGCCCCCCCGGACCACCUGGAAGCAUAGUCUACGACAGCAGCAAUGUUUCCACCAGUUUCCAGGACAAAAAGGAGAGAAAGGCGAUGCUGGAGCCCCAGGACCCCCAGGGUCCCAAGGGGGACAGUAUCAUUGGGCCACCAGGACCUCCCGGACCUCAAGGCCCCCCUGGUAUCGGAUACGAGGGGCGGCAAGGCCCCCCUGGCCCUCCCGGGCCACCCGGGCCACCCUCCUUCCCAGGCCCCCACAGACAAA